GGAAAACAAAGACCAACAAGAUCCCUGUUUUUUCUCUCUGUUUGAAUUCAUCUUUGUUUUCUCUUUUAUAGAGAGAGAAAUUUGAAUCCCCAUUUACAUUGUAAUGGCGACCAUGUCAUUCGUUGGAAGACUUCUCUUCGUAUCCGUCUUUGUUCUCUCCGCUUAUCAAGAGUUCAGUGAAUUUGGGUCUGAUGGCGGACCAGCAGCAAAGGCAUUAGGACCAAAGUUCAAUGUUUUGUCAAAGCAUGUGGCAACACACAUCGGAUUUGAAUUACCCCAUGUAGAGAUGAAACAUCUAAUUUUGGGGGCCAUAGUUUUGAAGGGUCUUGGAAGCCUUUUAUUCGUCUUCGGCAGCACUCUUGGAGCUCUUCUUCUGCUGGUACAUCAGGCCGUUGCUUCCCCAGUUUUGUACGACUUCUACAACUAUGAUGUUGACAAGAAGGAAUUCGUUCAACUCUUUUUCAAAUUUUCUCAGAACUUGGCGUUGCUAGGUGCACUAUUGUUUUUCAUCGGCAUGAAGAACUCAAUGCCCAGGAGAUCAUCCUCCUCAUCUUCAAAGAAGAAGGGUCCAAAGGCAAAAGCAAAUUAAGAAGGGAAGGUGCAUUUUUGUUGCAACGGUUUCACGAUUUCAUAUUUUUCCUGCAGUUUUACGAUGUAUUGUUCUAUUUUCGGUUGAACCCAACCCUUUUUAGCAUAUUCAUCUUUGUUUUUUUUCCUUUAGCCGGCAAUUUUAAACGUUUGAACCAACACUAUUUAGGUAUCAACAGUGCAAUAUGAGAAAAAUCUAGUUGAUAUUUACAUUGUUAUCAUCUGUAGCCAUGUUGGUUCUUUUCGCAGCAGUUGUACUAUUUCAUGUACUGAUUGAAAAUGUUGCUUGUACUAA